AGUUACUUUUUUCCUUCCUGAAAAUGCCGCGAACAAGAAAACGCAAGACGCAACGGGGCACGAAAGAAGUAGAUUUAUACGAACAGGCGUUUGAAGAGGUUAUAAAGGGUCAGUUAUCCAUUCGUGCGGCUGCAAAAAAGUAUGACUUGUGUCAUGUAUCUCUGAUGAGAUACAAAAGGAAGAAAGAUUCUACAAAUGAGAAAGAUCACACAGAAUCCUCUGUUACCAUGGGGUAUAGAAGCUGCAAUAAAAUUUUCUCCGCGGAACAGGAAAAAAUCAUGGUGCAAUAUAUUAUAAAAGCUGCUGAAAUAUAUUAUGGUCUUCCACCAAAAGAAAUUCGGCGACUUGCUUACGAGCUAGCCAAAAAAUAUGAUUUGAAAAGACCUCCCCAAUGGGACGAAAACUGUCAAGCCGGUGCAGAUUGGUUCUCCUCUUUUAUGAAGAGAAAUGCUGAAUUAUCAAUAAGAUGUGCACAACCGACCAGUAUUUCUAGAGCUACGAGUUUUAAUGCUACAAAUGCACCCUGCGACGAGUGCGACGAGGGUUACGACGUUACGGAGCGGGAACGUCGAGAACGGGAAAGACAACAACCGGGAGAAGGGGGAUGA